AGAUACCCACAUACAUUCACCACUUCAACAGUCAAUCAGUUAACCAGUUUAUAGGUAAUUCAGUUAGAUUCCCUAUCCGCCUACCAAACGUGAUUUGGCUUGCUAAAAUUGUCACACCGAUCCGGAAACAACUUGGAAUAUGAUUUUAUGGCCAGCAUUAUGAUUGACUUGCCGGUGCGUUGAACUGCAACUGAAGGUUGGGCUGCGAAAGCUUCUCUAGAGCUGUCAGUGCCAGGUGAUAUGGAUAUAGACAUGGAUAUAGACGUCAGAGAGGCACCUGCGUGAUUUACAUAGGGCGUCGAAUCAGUUGGACAAACAAGCUGACGCUCCGAAAAGUGAAGUAAACAAAAAGAGGCAAAAACGGUGGGCAAAAACCCAGCCGAGUGAGUACGUGAGUAAAUCAGUUCGGACGGAUAGUAUUUAAGCCCCAAUAGCCGAGCAGGUCGCAAUCAUUCGCUCAUCAUCCACUCAACGGAAUCGAAAUGUGCUUCAGAUAUAGCUUCAGUUUCAUAGUUAUCGCGGCUGUUCUGCUUCUGGCAGCCGGAACUCGGGCAGCUCCCUCGGAUGUGGUGGUGGAGAAGGCGGAGGAUCCCGUGGUGGCCAAUCCCCAGCCGGAUGCCAGUGAGCUCACUGUUCCGGAGGACUGCCAUCAGCCCAAGGAAACCGGUCGCUGCUUCGCCCUGUUCUACCGAUAUGCCUACAACGUGGAUACCCAAUCCUGCGAGGAGUUCGUCUACGGAGGAUGUGCCGGCAACAAGAACAACUUCGAGUCCAAGGAGCAGUGCGAACAGGCCUGUUUGGCCAAGUCGGCGGGCUCCACCACCACCGACUCAACCACCGAACAAAACAGCGAAGUGACCACCGAAACUAGCACUUCGUCUUAAGAACUUGUAUUUACUUUGUUUAUAAUUUAUUUGCCAUCCAAUUUCAUCAGCCGUUUAAGCGCUACGCAUUAUUUCACUGAGUUGAUUUUUUGAAUAU